AUGGAAGAGAAAAAUGGAUCAAAAAGAAUUUUACGUUCAACAACAGGUGAAGAAGAAAUAAAACUUUCGAAGGCGAUGAUAAUACCAAAAAUCAGUUUAUCAGAAUACGGAAAGGAUAUGCUAAGAUAUGUUUUUCAUUUAGUAUUAUCUGAAAAACAAUAUUCAACGCUACUUCGUUUAUUAACAAGUUUGAAAGAAGAUUUACCUGAUUUUACAACUAAUAGCAUUACAACGCUAUUCAAAUAUUUGAAGAAAUUAGGUUUUGUUUAUAGAAAAACUACUUCGGUGAAAGUUAUAUUAGAUUCAACUUAUUUUAUUGCUGAAAGAGCAAGGUAUUUUCAUCGAUUAAAUGUAUUAGAAGAAGAAGGUGCUUUAGUUUAUUAUCAAGAUGAAAGUUGA